GGCGUGGCCGCGAGGCAGGGGGCGGGGCUCCGCCGCCCCGCUCCCUCCGCUUUUGUUCCGCCGGAGGCGAAGCGAGCGGAGCGGCUUCAGCAGCGGCGGCGGCGACGACUCCCGGAGCCAUGUCCUACAUCCCGGGCCAGCCCGUCACGGCCGUGGUGCAAAGGGUUGAAAUCCACAAACUCCGCCAGGGCGAGAAUCUCAUCCUGGGCUUCAGCAUCGGGGGUGGCAUCGACCAGGAUCCCGCCCAGAAUCCCUUCUCGGAGGACAAGACGGACAAGGGCAUUUAUGUCACUCGCGUGACGGAAGGUGGACCGGCAGAAAUGGCGGGGCUUCAAGUCGGCGACAAAAUCAUGCAGGUGAACGGCUGGGAUAUGACCAUGGUGACUCACGACCAAGCUCGCAAGCGGCUGACCAAGCGGAACGAGGACGUGGUCCGGCUCCUGGUGACCAGGCACUCCCUGCAGAAAGCGGUCCAGCAGUCGAUGCUGUCCCAGCCGUGCCACUGAGCGGGGUGGGAUGGGCGAGCGACGGUCUUCAGGACAGGGCGGAGAGAGGUUGAAAGGUGGACCACAGCUCUAUCCUUUAAAGAAAAAAAAAAAAAAGACACUUCCCAACACACCUAUGCAAAGAUGGCUCUCGUCCAUCCGGGGGUCCCCACAGAGGGGGCAGUUUGAUGCCCACCCGGAUGGGAGACCGUGGGCAUCAAACCGCAGCUAGGGGAGAACCUGGUCCUGAUCCACGGAGAGCACCUUCUGCCCGAUAGGGCGGGCUGGGCUUUUCUCCUAGAAAUUCUCCAGUGGACGAGUCCGUUCUUAAACUCCGUUUUUGUCAGGCGGCCAUUUUGAUAGACAAGAUGGCCUCCUAGAGUGCUUCUUGCGGUCCUGCUUCUCUAAACCAAAGUUUUUAAUGCCGAAAAAUCUAGAAUCCUGCCCCAGGGCUGCGUUUACAGAGGCACCCAACCGUUGGCUUGUGUCUUCAGAUCCUUAGAGGAAGGCCGAGAAGCCGCGAUAGAUGGGCGUUUGAAAUCGGUUCUGCUUUCCAGAAGGGCUUGGCAAGUCCUCCAGUGAAGGCAAACAAUUUCGGUGGCCUUAAGCCUUCAUUUGCCCGGCCCUCUGCUCAGCCAGAAUUCCGGUUAACCAUCAUUGGCAAAAACGGGCCGACGCUAGCGGCGUCCGCACUCGACGUCCUUGAGCCCGUUCUGUCUGAAGGCCGCGGUUUCCACCCUCGGGUGCGUCUCGACUUUUCCAAAGUUCGCCUCCGAUCACGACUGUUGUGCCCAAUUUCUCCUUUUGUACGUCUUGUAAAUAACGUCCCCUCCGACAUUUGUAUCACUAACUUAUUUCAGUAGAUUACUGCUUGUUUUGACUCGUGCGCCGGCUUAACGUCCGGGCCGUUAAAUCUCGGCCUGUCUUGUGAAGAAGAUGUGUCACAAGACUCACCACUCUUCUUACCGGUUUCUUAAUCCCUGUGGUUUGUUCUUUCGGAGCGGAAACGGCGGCGGGAAAGGACGGCCUUUUUUCGACAAAGCCUUUUGUGGUUUGUUAUUUUUUUUCUUCCGCCUGAUCGCAUCGGUUUAGUUCGGAGGUUAAAGCUGCCAACUUGCUGGUGUGGAUUGUUUUACACAAAAUAAAAUCAAGCUGGACUUCUGA